AUGGCCAUCAGGAACCCCUUUAGGUUCGGCCACGAUCUCUGGGAUCCUUCCAAUCGCUUCGAAACAUCCUGGCUCCUGAGCCCCUGGCUUCUCUUCGCUUUCCGUGCUGUCAUCAGCUUAUACGCUUUCGUUACGCGAUUCUUCAUCAUCGGUUGGGAAUGCACGCACGGCGAACUCGGCGGCUGUAGGGACGUCCGCAGGUCCUUCAGCUACUUCACCAUCUUGACGUACUGGGGCAUCGCUUUCUACUUUGCUGUCGCGGCUGUUCAUACCGCCACGUACGCUCUUCGAGGCCGAGCGUUGCUCGAUAAGCUCCCGCGACCGCUGCAGGCGCUUCACGCGCUGUUCUACUCGACCAUCGUCACGUAUCCGUUCCUCGUAACGAUAGUAUACUGGGUGGUUCUGUACGAAGGGCCUUGGUUUCCUGUCAAGUUCAACGCCUGGAGUAACAUCAGCCAGCACGGCUUGAACAGCCUGUUUGCGCUCUUCGAAAUCGUCAUUCCCCGAACGAACCCCCCUAAAUGGAUACACAUUGCGUGGCUGAUCCUCAUUCUUGCGCUGUACCUUGCCCUUGCGUACCUCACCCGCGCGACCCAGGGUUUUUACGUAUACAACUUCCUGGACUAUAGAGAGGUGGGCGGACGAGGCAUUGUUGCGGGAUACAUUCUCGGCAUUGCGGUCGGAAUCGUCAUCAUCUUUUGCAUUGUCUGGGGCGUCAUCUGGGUUCGACGGUGGCUGACGGAGACGAAGCUUGGUAUGGAUGGCAAGUUUGCACAGCAGCCUGCCGACACCAAUGACAUUGAGCUGGCUUCUUCUGGCAACAAAUACGCUAUCGGAAACCAUCCCGAAGCACAGGACCGGGUGUAUUAA